AUGUCAUAUAUAUCGUUGAAACAAACCCAUAUCAAUCUGAAAUUCCACAAGGAGCGCCAACUCAUCGGCCUUCUAACGCAAAAGGCCCAAAAAAACUUGAAAUUGGGACACUAUGACCGAGCAAAGGCGUUUUCCAGCAGGUCUCUAUGGAUUUUAAAGAGUCGAACAUUCAGAAACUGGGAUAUCGCAAGGGCUAGGAAUAUUCUGGCAUACGCUGGCGCCUUGCUCAAAAGUGAGCCCAUAAAUGCACCAAAAACCUUUUCAAACGAUAGUUUUGAUGCCUUACCUGAUAGAAGACUAGUAGAAUCUGAAUGGAUUCGAUUUGUUAGCAGAGUAAUAACCUGCAAAGACAGGAUUAAGAUUGUCUCCAGGCCACUGGGUGGGCCAUAUCUCAACCUUCUGCAGCUUGAUCGCACAAUAGAAUCGUUAAUUUGCCGAUAUUCGGCGUGUUCGAUUAAUUUACUCCCAAAGCUGUUGACAAUAAGGGCGCUACUUACGGAAGAUGAAGAAGAGAGGUGUGGAUUUUCUAUAAUGGCACUUUUAAUGGACGUUAACGCCGAGUUUGGGACGAAGGUCAUUGAUAUUGCGAUACGCUCUCUUUACAACCUUGGACACGAAAACUACAAGGUUUUGACCAUAGCAAAGGGGUUACUUGAUAGCUGA